AGAAGGAGGAGGAGGCGGGAGCAGCAUCCGGAGCGGAGCUGCAGCAGCGCCGCCUUUUGUGCUGCGGCCGCGGAGCCCCCGAGGGCCCAGUGUUCACCAUCAUACCAGGGGCCAGAGGCGAUGGCUUGCCUCCAUGAGACCCGAACACCCUCUCCUUCCUUUGGGGGCUUCGUGUCUACCCUAAGCGAGGCAUCCAUGCGCAAGCUGGACCCAGACACUUCUGACUGCACUCCCGAGAAGGACCUGACGCCUACCCAGUGUGUACUUCGAGAUGUGGUACCCCUUGGUGGGCAGGGUGGGGGAGGGCCCAGCCCCUCCCCAGGUGGAGAGCCGCCCCCUGAGCCUUUUGCCAACAGUGUCCUGCAGCUACAUGAGCAGGAUGCAGGGGGCCCAGGGGGAGCAGCUGGGUCACCUGAGAGUCGGGCAUCCAGAGUUCGAGCUGACGAGGUGCGACUGCAGUGCCAGAGUGGCAGUGGCUUCCUUGAGGGCCUCUUUGGCUGCCUGCGCCCUGUCUGGACCAUGAUUGGCAAAGCCUACUCCACUGAGCACAAGCAGCAGCAGGAAGACCUUUGGGAGGUCCCCUUUGAGGAAAUCCUGGACCUGCAGUGGGUGGGCUCAGGGGCCCAGGGUGCUGUCUUCCUGGGGCGCUUCCACGGGGAGGAGGUGGCUGUGAAGAAGGUGCGAGACCUCAAAGAGACCGACAUCAAGCACUUGCGAAAGUUGAAGCACCCCAACAUCAUCACCUUCAAGGGUGUGUGCACCCAGGCUCCCUGCUACUGCAUCCUCAUGGAGUUCUGCGCCCAGGGCCAGCUGUAUGAGGUACUGCGGGCUGGCCGCCCUGUCACCCCCUCUUUACUGGUUGACUGGUCCAUGGGCAUCGCCGGUGGCAUGAACUACCUGCACCUGCACAAGAUUAUCCACAGGGAUCUCAAGUCACCCAACAUGCUAAUCACCUACGACGAUGUGGUGAAGAUCUCAGAUUUUGGCACUUCCAAGGAGCUGAGUGACAAGAGCACCAAGAUGUCCUUUGCAGGGACAGUAGCCUGGAUGGCCCCUGAGGUGAUCCGCAAUGAGCCUGUGUCUGAGAAGGUCGACAUCUGGUCCUUUGGUGUGGUGCUGUGGGAACUGCUGACUGGUGAGAUCCCCUACAAAGACGUAGAUUCCUCAGCCAUUAUCUGGGGUGUGGGAAGCAACAGUCUCCAUCUGCCCGUGCCCUCCAGUUGCCCAGAUGGUUUCAAGAUCCUGCUUCGCCAGUGCUGGAAUAGCAAACCGCGAAAUCGCCCAUCAUUCCGACAGAUCUUGCUGCAUCUGGACAUUGCCUCAGCUGAUGUACUCUCCACACCCCAGGAGACUUACUUUAAGUCCCAGGCAGAGUGGCGGGAAGAAGUAAAACUGCACUUUGAAAAGAUUAAGUCAGAAGGGACCUGUCUGCAUCGCCUAGAAGAGGAACUGGUGAUGAGGAGGAGGGAGGAGCUCAGACACGCCCUGGACAUCAGGGAGCACUAUGAAAGGAAGCUGGAGAGAGCCAACAACCUGUAUAUGGAACUUAAUGCCCUCAUGUUGCAGCUGGAACUCAAGGAGAGGGAGCUGCUCAGGCGAGAACAAGCUUUAGAGCGGAGGUGCCCAGGCCUGCUGAAGCCCCACCCUUCCCGGGGCCUCCUGCAUGGAAACACAAUGGAGAAGCUUAUCAAGAAGAGGAAUGUGCCACAGAAGCUGUCACCCCAUAGCAAAAGGCCAGAUAUCCUCAAGACAGAGUCUUUGCUCCCUAAACUAGAUGCAGCCCUAAGUGGGGUUGGGCUUCCUGGGUGUCCUAAGGGCCCCCCCUCACCAGGACGGAGUCGCCGUGGCAAGACCCGUCACCGCAAGGCCAGCGCCAAGGGGAGCUGUGGGGACCUGCCUGGGCUUCGUACAGCUGUGCCACCCCAUGAACCUGGAGGACCAGGAAGCCCAGGGGGCCUAGGAGGGGGACCCUCAGCCUGGGAGGCCUGCCCUCCCGCCCUCCGUGGGCUUCAUCAUGACCUCCUGCUCCGCAAAAUGUCUUCAUCGUCCCCAGACCUGCUGUCAGCAGCAUUAGGGUCCCGGGGCCGAGGGGCCACAGGCGGAGCUGGGGAUCCCGGCUCACCACCUCCAGCUCGGGGUGACACCCCACCAAGUGAGGGCUCAGCCCCUGGCUCCACCAGCCCAGAUUCACCUGGGGGAGCCAAAGGGGAGCCACCUCCUCCAGUAGGGCCUGGUGAAGGUGUGGGGCUUCUGGGAACUGGAAGGGAAGGGACCUCAGGCCGGGGAGGAAGCCGGGCUGGGUCCCAGCACUUGACCCCAGCUGCACUGCUGUACAGGGCUGCCGUCACCAGAAGUCAGAAACGUGGCAUCUCAUCAGAAGAGGAGGAAGGAGAGGUAGACAGUGAAGUAGAGCUGACGUCAAGCCAGAGGUGGCCUCAGAGCCUGAACAUGCGCCAGUCACUAUCUACCUUCAGCUCAGAGAAUCCUUCAGAUGGGGAGGAAGGCACAGCUAGUGAACCUUCCCCCAGUGGCACACCUGAAGUUGGCAGCACCAACACUGAUGAGCGGCCAGAUGAGCGGUCUGAUGACAUGUGCUCCCAGGGGUCAGAAAUCCCACUGGACCCACCUCCUUCAGAGGUCAUCCCCGGCCCUGAACCCAGCUCCCUGCCCAUUCCACACCAGGAACUUCUCAGAGGAGAGCGGGUGAGUGGCACAACAGCAACGAGCAGAUAUUGAACACGGAGAGCUGUAAGCAGAUGCCUUGUCUUUUGACAGCUUUUGGGGAGACAGCUGCACAGGCCAGAAAGUACCAUAAAGAGCAAAUAUCCACGUGAUGGAAUUUCAGAAGCCUCUUGCACAGAGCAUCUAUUACGAUGCCUGACCAGUAGCUUGUAUGUAGCUAUAAAUUGCAGCCAGGGAAGGAUUCUGAAAGGAGUCUGACACCUUGGAGAAUGGCCUGAGCAACUGAAAUCUGGAAGGAAUAAAAUCAGUAAGCUGGCUGGGCACGGUGACUCACGCCUGGAAUCCCAGAACUUUGGGAGGCCAAGGCGGGUGGAUCAUAAGGUCAGGAGUUCAAGACCAGCCUGACCAAUAUGGUAAAACCCCAUCUCUAUUAAAAGUAAAAAAAUUAGCCGGGUGUAGUGGUGCAUGCCUGUAGUCCCAGCUACUCAGAAGGCUGAGGCAGAAUUGCUUGAACCUGGGAGGCAGAGGUUGCAGUGAGCUGAGAUUGCGCUACUGCACUCCAGCCUGGGCGACAGAGACUCUGUCUUAAAAAACAAAUCAGUAAGCCACUGGCUAUUAAAAUGACCCCAGUAAAGAACCCCAAGGAAUCUCACUCCAUUUCUACUCUUUCUCACAGGGCCCUCCCAAUUCUGAGGACUCAGACUGUGACAGCACUGAAUUGGACAACUCCAACAGCAUUGAUGCCUUGCGGCCCCCAGCUUCCCUCCCUCCAUGAAAGCCACUCGUAUUCCUUGUACAUAGAGAAAUAUUUAUAUAAAUUAUAUAUAUAUACAUA